GCUGAAUGGAUGAAGGUAGGGUCAGCAGGGGUUCAGUGAGUGGAGGCAGAAUCAUUUGGGGCAUAGGAUUAACUGUGUGUGCACGGGAGAGAGAGAAAGAGACAGAGGGAGAUUGUGUAUGAUUUUCUGCAGGAGGGAGCUUGUGUCCAUUUUUCUAGUUUUCUACCUUUUUCAUAACUCAUCUGUGUCGGCAGUGCAUCUUCUAUUUAGGCUUGAGGAGAGUUGUGUGUGUGUGGAAAUUUGACCACAUGCAUGGAUCUGACUGUAGAGUGAGCUGCGACCCUGCUGACGUAGACACACUCUCUCACUUCAGGACCAGGAACAUGGCACCGGCCUGGCUCCUGUCUCACCUGCCCCACGCUAACCCGACCAGCAUCUCCACUGUCACACAGCAACACGCCUCCUGUAAAGCCUGCUGAACGGGACUGCACACGUGAGCCAUGCUGUCAGGGACAUGGCGGCGCUCUGUGGGGCAUCAGCAGCCUUCUGCCACGCCUGUGGUGACCACCAGGGGGAUGACGGUGUGUGGGGUCCCCAGCGGCACGGUGGUCCUCGAGGCCCAGUAUGACUACAACUACCGUGGUGCCGAUGGACGGCAGGUCUGCAUAAGGGAAGGAGAGCGGUUUGUUCUCCUGAAGAAGACCAACACUGAUUGGUGGCAGGUACGGAGGAUUGGGGCAGCGAGUAAAGCAAAGCCAUUGUAUGUACCUGCUACAUAUGUGACAGAGGUGCCUAUUGCACCCAUGGCGUCGCCACAGCGCCUGGUAGUGUCUGCCUCGCUGAACACCAACCUCAGGAUAUUGCCACGGGUGUCACUCUCUCCCGGCCCUUCAGAGACUACCUACCCUGGACAGCAUCAAGUGAACACCUUCUACCGCUCCAUGGAAAACCUCAACUCCAAUAGUGCCUUCCAGAGGCUGGACAAAAACACCGGUAGCACAGGUGGACGGCACUUCCCCACCCUGCCCCUCUCUGGAUUCACCUUCACCCCCAACUGUCCCACCUCCCUGCCGGGCCACCUCAUGGCGCCUGCUGCCUCCAGGGCUCAGACAGCGCCACCGAACUCCAGGGUGGUCCCCAUGAUCACACGGAGCCAGAGCUCCAGCAACCUGCCUGAAAACCUGACGGAGAACCCGUACGAUGAGGUGGGCGGAGGCUUCAGCAGUCGCGUCAAGAAGUCCUGCAGCCAGUGGGACAUGGCGUCGGGCAAGAACAACCAUCUGCAGGUCCCAACAGAGUCGUACCUGUCACAACUGUCCUGGCAAGACUCUCCUCUUUACACUGAAGGCGUGCAGCCAGACAAACAGCCGUCGCAGCCGGAGCCGCCCUGCCCUGCCCCAGGUCAACAGCCUCUUCAGAUCAAGGACCUCUGGGAGCAGUACUCGGACCCAGCUUCAGGUAGACUCUACUAUUUCAACACCAUCACCAAGGAGAGGUCCUGGAAACCCCCUCGUCGGGCUCGCGGACCCACCAAUAACAAGACCAGUCCAGCACAACCUCAGACUUUACCCAGGGACACCAGCCACCUUUCGCUACCACUUUCUGAAACUGGCAAUGGAACUAUGCACAGGCAGCUGUCCUCCGAUUUGCUUUUCGGGAGCCACCAGAGGAAAAAUGACUGUGGCUGGCAGAUGAAACAGAGCAUGCAGCGCGCAGCCUCCUCUGACACCCUGAGCAUGACGGCAUUCAGCAAUGCAGGUGCCAAGUGCCAUAAUUCUGCCUCCAUGCAUGAUGCCAAGCAGCAGCUCAACCACUCCCAAUCUACGAUCCUGCCUGAGAAUGGCAAGGUACUCGCCUCCAGAGCACAUACACACAAGCUCCUGGUCCAGCAGUGCAGAGAUUACACCUGUAACGUGGCCAACAUCGUCGUGGAGCCUCCGUCUCCUGAGAGCUCUCCAGACAGCGACGGCUGCACACCGGAGUUGGAGAAAGCCGGCCUCUUGAACAAGACAAAGAUUGCAGAAGGAGGCCGGAAACUGAGGAAAAACUGGAGUCCGUCCUGGGUUGUGUUGGUUGGCAACAGUCUGGUUUUCUUCAAAGAUCCUAAAUCACAGACACCGUCCAGCUGGAAACCAGGAAACAGUCGCCCUGAGAGCAGUGUCGAUUUAAGAGGUGCACAACUGCACUGGGCCAAUGAGCUGUCCAGCAAGAAGAACGUCUUCAAGCUGAGGACAGUGACAGGAAAUGAGUUCCUGCUGCAGUCGGAGACGGACUCUCUGAUCAAAGAGUGGUACAAGACCAUCCAGAACGUCAUCGACAGGCUGGACCGUGAAAACCCGCUGGACAAUGUCCUCCUGUACUCUCUGAGGCGAGCCAGCAGCGUGGAGGUGCUGGACCACAGCGGAGAUGAGGAUGACAGGAGAACGGCACUCCCUCGCUCGUUGUCCAACCUGGAAAACACGGAGAGGAAGAGAGUAAAGUCGCGACUGAAGAAGCUGAUCCUGAAGAGACCUCCACUGCAGACUCUGCAGGAGAAAGGCCUCAUUAAAGAUCAGGUGUUCGGCUGUCGUCUGGAGAUGCUCUGCGAGCGGGACAAGAGCACGGUCCCUCGCUUCGUCCGACUUUGCACCGAGGCCGUGGAGAGGAGAGGACUGGACACCGAUGGCAUCUACAGAGUCUCAGGAAACCUGGCAGUGAUUCAGAAACUCCGCUUCCUGGUGGACCACGAGCGAGCGGUGACUACUGACGGCCGCUACAUGUUCCCACAGGAGUUGGUACAAGAGGAGAAGCUGAAUUUGGACGCGAGUGAGUGGGAGGACAUCCAUGUCAUCACAGGAGCUUUGAAACUUUUCUUCCGCGAGCUUCCCGAGCCUCUGGUGCCCUACGGCUUCUUCACAGACAUCGUGGAGACAGUUAAGAUGUCGGACUACAUGGACAAAGUGGAUCGUCUGAAGUGUCUGCUGCUCAACAUGCCCCCCCCGAACCACGACACACUGCUGUUCAUGUGCCGCCAUCUCAGACGAGUGUUGGAAACUUCAGAUUCCAACAGAAUGACCACACAGAACAUCGGCAUUGUGUUUGGGCCGACGCUGAUGCGCCCGGAGAGGGACAACGGCAACAUGGCGGUGAAUAUGGUUUACCAGAACCAGGCGGUGGAGCUCAUCCUCAGCGAAAUGGACCACAUCUUUGGAAGGAGGGGCCCCCCUUGAUCUUUUUCGGACAGGGCUGUGUGUGUGGGGGGCUCCUGCAGAUCAGACGAAAGCACAAGUAGUGCAGCGUUUGUCCUCUUCGCCUGUUGACUCAUAUGGUGUAAAAUGGAUUUCACAUCAAAAGAUAAUUAUGGGGUAAAAAGAACCAGGACAGAAAGCUGCUAAUCAUGACAUCUGGCCUCCAUAUAAAGCCAUGUGAAAACAAUAAUAGUAAAACAAGCCAACUUUUAGCUGCAAUACUUGUGCCUUUGCCUGCAAAUGUGGAGCCCAGCCCCGCAGUGCUUUACUGCGUGAACAGACGCCUCCUUGUCACUUUUCCUUCAUGUUUCAGACUUGAUCAUGACAAAUAAAAAGCCAUAAAAAGUGAUGAAUCUCCUCCAGCCUCCUCAGCCAGCUUUGUUUCAACCAGUUAUUUUUCAAAGUAUGAGAGGAAAGGUGGGGGGGGGGGUUUUAGACAAAAAGCAAAACCAUCUCACUGUGAAAACAGCAGCACCUCUUGCAGGAAGGUUCCACAGAUCCAACCUGCAGCGUAAGAGUAGGUAAACUGUAAAUUAUGCAGAGAAGCAGAAGGCAAGCUGGGCGUGUAGAUGUGUCGGCAUCUCCACUGAAGUUAUACAGUGUUCAGAAGUUUCAUUUGAAGGAACUCUUCACAGAUAUGAGCAUAAGUUCAGUGAUGGGGAGAUUGUGCCAACAGGGCAGCAAAUGUUCCUUUGUACCAACUUUGUUGUGUUUGGAUCCUCAGAGUUUAUUUUCUUGUACAAUUUCAGACCUGUCUCCUAUUUCUAUUAGUGCAAACUCCUCAGAUUAGGUUAAAGAUAUUAAGUUGUAAAUAUGUGACAUUGUGUGUUUGUCAACUUGUAGCACUUUGGAUACAGUAUGUAACCGAAGAAAAUAAUAUAUUGGCCACUUUCAAACUGAUACAUUUCCUUUGAAAGGAGCAGUGUGCUGUUGAACAAAUGUUACUCGGACCUGAUUGUUAACUCUCCUGCAAUAAACACAAAAACAAUCUGAA